AAACAGCCGUGAACCUGAAUAAACUUAUUCAGGAUUUUAGCCUUCUGGAGCAAGUAUAUCACAUACAACACCAACACCUGUAACUAGAGUAACACUUAACAGGAGACAUAAAUGUUACUAGAUACAGCGUUAGCCGAACUGAACACCAUGACGUUACCUGAAGUAAAGUUAGCUAAUACGAAUUUUUUGUGUGUUCACAAGAAAAUAACGGAGCUGAAAGGGAAAAACAACAUCCUUGAAAUAAAAUUAGAUGAAACCAAUAGGCUGUUGAAGUUUUCGCAGAACAAGGAAAAGCACUUGACUGAAGAAAGAGAUGGCAUGCUGGGGACUAUCAAAGGCCUCCAGAACAACUUACAACAACAGUGUGAUCUUCGAGUUGAAAAUGAGAAGCUGAAAAGUACUGUUCUUGACCUGAAGAAACAAAAUGAAGCACAAGUGGAGGAAAGAAAAUGUUGUAUUCAAAGACUGGAGAAAGAGAUCAGAGCUUUGCGAGAGCAACACCAGAGGAAGAUGGACGACUGUGAAAAAGACAUGCAGAGAAAAUUGGAGUCUAAAGAUGUUGAACUGAAAGAGGCUCUGGAUAGAAAGGAAAGCGCUUUGGAGGAGAUGAGACAGAAAAUGAAGCAGCAGGAGAAAGAAAAGCAAAGUGAAAUUGUAAAGCUACAGAUGGAGUUCAGUGCUAAGCUUGCAAGGGCCCAGAGUGCGUCAGUCAUGACCCAACAGCAGCCACAAGCCUCUGGGCUGCUCCCUCAGAACAUCUUUAAAAGGAAGUUGCAGUUUCUGCAGGAGGAAAAGAACAAGGAAAUUGAGGCUCUUCGUCAGAGAGUCAAAGAGCUUGAGCAGCAAAAUGUGCUGGGGUUGUCUGAGUCACAUCUGAAGAAGAGAAAGAAUUAACAGAUUUUUCAGUUACCCCACUGUAGCCGGUAUAGGAUCGUACAUUGAUUUAUUCUACAUGUAUAUUACAACAUUUUUGGUACAGCUUUAAACACAGUGUAAUAUAUUUUGUAAUAAAAACUUAGUUGUGUUGCUA